AGAAGAAUCAGCUGACUUCCGAGCGCUUCUAUAACUUCUGUUCGUGUGCGCCUGAGUUGUAUGUUACUCAUCAACAGCGCAGGUCCCUGAUAUUUAUCGUGCACUCAGAAAUCCAGCAGUAGCCACCUUUUGCUAUGUCUGCAAUAAUAAGGAAGAUUAUCAACACUGCGAAGGCCCCUGCGGCCAUUGGUCCAUACAGCCAAGCAGUGGUGGUGGACCGUACCAUGUACAUUUCCGGGCAGCUGGGAAUGGAUCCUUCCUCAGGGCAGUUGGUGACUGGAGGUGUGCAGGCUGAAGCCAAACAGGCUCUCAUUAAUAUGGGAGAGAUUCUGAAAGAGGCUGGAUGUGGCUACAGCAAUGUUGUGAAAACCACUGUACUGCUGGCAGACAUGAAUGACUUCACAAAUGUAAAUGAUAUUUACAAGCAGUUCUUUAGCACAAGCUUCCCAGCCAGAGCUGCUUACCAGGUGGCAGCCCUACCGAGAGGUGGACUGGUGGAGAUUGAGGCGGUCGCUGUCCUGGGCCCCAUCACUGACUCCUCCUCCUGACUCGCCCCACAGCUCCAGCACAAACUGUAACUGCCUUCACACUGAACCUAUGACAGACCUUUAAUCGGAUACUAUGGUAGCUCUAUAGAGAAGGGUCUUUAAAUCUUUGAUUGCCAUUGUGCAGUAUUGUCUGUAGAUCAGACAUUCCAUUGAGAAUGGCUGGAGUUUUCCUUGUUUAGUAGUUAUGUUGAUUUCUUUUUUAUUUUCUUUUUUUAAGCUUAAUUUGAUAUUAACUCUGUUUGGGAUCAAAUUUUUGUCUUCAACCAGCCCAUUUUUGGAUCAGUCUAUUCUUGGGUGAAGCACUUGUUGAUACUCAUCACAUUAACAUCACUCAUUUUCACAUAUUUCUGUCCCAUUUGGUGUUUAAGUAUGCUCAGUGUACACCUGGAUCUCAUUUCAUUACUGUAGACCACCUUGGCCUGGUGCGUUUCGUAUAUGUGAAAAGCUCCUGCAGCCAUUGUCAAUAUCAGGUGACUGUUUUCAUAUCAGUUCUGACCGAUGUCGGGAAUACCAAGUGCCUCCCCCGAUUUUAUUGCAUUCUAAAAUAAAUAAACUAUUAACUGGU